GUAUCUAUGCAGCCCAGGAUCAGUAGUGCUUUGGAUCCUAAUUCAAGAGAUGCACUUGGUCUAGCUUGGUCCAAGUUUUUUCAUGCCAAUGAUAUUGCUGGACGUAAAGCUGAUUGCCCAUACUUUCGAGCUGCUGUGAAGAUCACUCAACAAUUAGGGCCUAUUCCUAUACCAACCGCGAAGGAGAUUGAUGGGCCAUAUUUGGAGGCCAACUAUGAUGAAGCUAAUUCGUUUCUUCAAAAAUUCAAACAAGACUGGAAGAACUUUGGUGUGACUCUUAUGUGCGAUUCUUGGACUGGUCCUACAGGAAUGAGCAUCAUAAACUUCAUGGUGUAUUGUAAUGCACGAAUGUUCUUCCUCAAUACCAUUGAUGCAUCCGGACAAACUCAGAAUUCAGAUGCGUGCUGAAGAAGAUCAAGAGAAAGAGAGAGAUAUAGAUAAAGAAAUUGAUCCAAGUGCAUUGCUAAUGGAUACCACAAUGUUUGAUGAAACAAACCCAAUAAUGGAGUGGCUGAAUGAGGAUGUAGAGGAUCCGAUUGUGGAUGGAGCUGAUGCAGCUAGUGCUGUUUUUGAGCAAAUAAGGCGCCUCAACUCAAGCAGGAAGGCGUCUUAUGUUGGUUCAAAGGGUAAUAACAAGAAAAGAAAGAGGAAUGAUGAUGAUGAGAAUGAGUUUCUUGAAACUGAGAGUGAGGAUGAUGGAGAAGAGAAUGAAUAUGUUGAUAAUGACAUCGAGGAUGAUGAUGGGGUGAGUGAGGAUGAUGAGGAUGGUGAACAAGAUCAGCUAGAGACACAAAUGCAACUUGAAGAAGAGACACAAGUACAAGUUCAAAAGGAGGCACCAACAAGCACUGGCCAUUUGGAGACUAGAUCUGGACGACUUAUUAGGAAGAAGACCAAGAACGUCAACAGCCUCUACUCGUAAAUUUGACAUGGCACGUGAGCAAAGGAUAUCAAGAAGCUUUUGGAUGUUGGGAAGCUUGGAGCUGAUGCUUCAAAUAAGCUGAUGGUUGUCUUUUGGAGAUGUUUCUAUGUUUAAUGCUUUAAAGUCUUUUGGUUGUACUGGACUAUUUAAACUUUGAACUAUGCUAUGAUGGUUGAACUGAUGCUGGACGGUUAAGGGUUUAUGUCAGAGGCAACUUUAUAACUAAUGUGUGCCUGUUAUGUUGGACUGUUAAGGGUUAUGUUGGAGGCAAUUUUAUAACUAAUGUGUGUCUGCUA